AGGAAGGAGGAAAAGCAGACACCCCUUCUACUCUCCUGUGCUCCUUUCAUCUUUGACUCGCCCCCAUUCCCAGUCUCCCACCACAGGCCAAAACACUGCGCGUUUCAGAGUUCAGAGUUUCAGACAAAGAACACCACACAAGCAGGAGGCAAGAGAGUACUGCAGCAGCUCAAAUCAAGCCUCCUCCUCCCCCAAUCCAUUGGUGCCACUCUCUUCCCCUUCCAGAGGGAAGGAGGCAUUGAUCACCAAAAAGUUAUCCAGGUGUGAUGAGCUCUGUCCUGCUACUCUUCUUGCUGCUGCUCUCUUGGGUGAACUUGGGUGGCUGCAUAAGGCUUGGCAAUGGCGGAUACGAGGAGUGGAGGAUGGGCUCGGCGACUUACGUCAAGGAGUCCCUGGGGCACCCACUUAACGAUGGUGGUGGAGCAUGUGGGUACGGGGACCUGGACAUCUUCAGGUACGGGAGGUACACGGCGGGCGUGAGCGGGGCGCUGUUCGGGCGCGGCAGCGCGUGCGGCGGGUGCUACGAGGUCCGGUGCGUGAACCACGUGCUGUGGUGCCUGCGCGGCAGCCCGACGGUGGUGGUGACGGCGACCGACUUCUGCGCCCCCAACCUGGGCCUCUCCGACGACUACGGCGGCUGGUGCAACUUCCCCAAGGAGCACUUCGAGAUGUCGGAGGCCGCCUUCCUCCGCGUCGCCAAGGCCAAGGCCGACAUUGUUCCGGUGCAGUUCCGGAGGGUGAGCUGUGACAGGGCCGGGGGGAUGCGGUUCACGAUCACCGGCGGCACCAGCUUCCUGCAGGUGCUGAUCACGAACGUGGCGGCGGACGGCGAGGUGGCGGCGGUGAAGGUGAAGGGAUCGAGGACCGGGUGGAUACCGAUGGGGAGGAACUGGGGCCAGAACUGGCAGUGCGACGCCGACCUCCGCGGCCAGCCGCUGUCGUUCGAGGUCGCCGGCGGGAGGGGGACCACGGUCACCGCCUACAGCGUAGCGCCGCCGGACUGGAUGUUCGCGCAGACGUUCGAGGGCAAGCAGCUUGUCGAGUAGGGACGAUCGCAAUGAUUGUAAUUAUAAUCAUAAUUAUUACACAGGUGAUGAAAAAUCGCUGUUUGGUUUGGAUGAUGCGAAGACGAUUGCUGUGCUUGAUCUGCUCAUAUAUAUAUAUAGAGAGAGUUAAUUAAUGCAGGAUUGACAAAAAAUAUAAAGAUGGGCU